GCCACCGCAUCACCUCCUGCCUAGGUCUCGGCGGCGGCCAGGCCGGGGCUGAGGGAUCUGCGAUGGAACUUCACAUCCUAGAGCACCGGGUGCGAGUCCUGAGCAUUGCCCGUCCGGGCCUCUGGCUCUACACCCACCCGCUCAUCAAGCUGCUCUUCCUGCCCUGUCGCAGCCGGUGCAAGUUCUUCAGCCUGACUGAGACUCCGGAAGAUUACACUCUCAUGGUGGAUGAGGAGGGCUUUAAAGAGCUACCCUCGUCUGAGUUCCUGCAAGUGGCUGAGGCCACAUGGCUGGUGAUGAACGUAUCUCAUAGUGGCUCGGUGGUACAGGCUGCUGGAGUAACCAAGAUUGCCCGGUCUGUCAUUGCCCCGCUGGCUGAACACCAUGUGUCUGUUCUGAUGUUGUCCACGUACCAGACAGACUUCAUCCUGGUGCGGGAGCAGGACCUGUCUGUGGUGAUCCACACACUGGCCCGGGAGUUCCGAAUCUACCGUGAAGUAGGCGGGGAGCCUGUGCCUGUUACCAGAGACGAUUCCAGCAAUGGCUUUCCCCAAACCCAGCACGGGCCCAGUCCCACGGUGCAUCCCAUUCAGAGCCCACAGAACCGCUUUUGUGUCCUCACACUGGACCCUGAGACACUGCCGGCUGUCGCCACCACCCUCAUCGAUGUCCUCUUCUACUCCCACAGUGUCCCCAAGGAGGCAGCCUCGGGCGGUCCUGAAUCAACUUCCAUUCCGUUCUUCGCUUUCUCCCUCAUCGAGGGCUACAUCUCCAUUGUCAUGGAUGCAGAGAUCCAGAAAAAGUUCCCCAGUGACCUCCUGCUGACCAGUUCUUCUGGGGAGCUGUGGAGGAUGGUGCGCAUUGGGGGACAGCCCCUGGGCUUCGAUGAAUGUGGGAUUGUGGCCCAGAUCGCGGGUCCCCUGGCAGCUGUUGACAUCUCUGCUUACUACAUCAGCACAUUCAACUUUGACCAUGCGCUGGUUCCUGAAGAUGAGAUCAGCUGUGUCAUUGAUAUUCUCCAGCGAAGGCAGGAAGGCCAGGCCUCCAAGGAUCCAUCAGGAAACACCAGACUCCCAGCAUUCCCGUAACCCCCCACCCUGAGCUUGCAGAGACUUUUCUGAGCUUCAGAACGAGUCCCUGAUCCUGCCAAGGGAUCCUGGUUCUGCUGUCCAUAUGUAAGCCGUGUGGAGCUGGAACUCGUGGACGCGCCUGCCCACAGAAGACACCCUGGUGCUUGGGGCUUAGACCCCCGACCCAACAUUUUCUAUGUGACCUCAGCAAUGCACGGUGCCUGCCUGCCUGCAGCUGGAGCCGUCUCUCACCUGGUUGAGGCUCACAUCCCCGGGCCCGGGCUCUGACCCGGGGCUACCCUCCUAGCCGGAUGAGUUUCA